UCUAUUCUACUUCGCGUUUAGCCAUGCGGGCAAUUCGAUGAGGGUAACACAUGAUAGGGUCGUUUCGUAAAAUUCCGACUUCAAUGAACUAAUAAUAAAAUAAAUAUUACUAUUACCAUAACGUGUAACAUUUGAGGUUUGGGUGGAAAUGGUUUAAAAAGGAAUCCACGUGCGGAAAAAAGUACACGGGGACCAGUCUGACGAAAAAAGCAACACGUAUCCGGUGGGAUUCCACUCCUGAGUGAAAGACAGAGGGAGACGAUCGUGCAAGAGGGCGAAGGUGGCAAAAAGAGUUGCUCACAAGUGGAAGCGAACAGGGAAAGAUUUUUUUCGGUUCUUACGUACGAAUACGCAUAUUGUUAAAGGAAUUAUGAGGAACAUUUGGAUGAUGGUGACCCUCGGCUUGACGGCUUUUCUUUCAGGGGAAAGGAUAGUGGCCUCAGCAGCUGCGGAUGACCUGUACCUGGAGCAAACAGGUUCUGGAGCAUAUCCCGAAGAUGAUGAUGACUUCAGCUCUGGAUCAGGCUCGGGUGCAGGGGAGGAGGUGGAGCAGGCAGCCACGGUGAACACACUGUUCAUAGCACCCAAGGCAGAGCCCACGCAGGACACCACCAAAGACUUCACACCCAGAGUGGAGACUUCCACUUCCCAAGAGCUCUCAAGAGAACUGCCUAGGAAACCUGUCAGGACCGAGUCCCUAGCGCCUGCCACAGAGGAUCCACACAGGAACCCCACCACCAGCUCACCCCAGUCUCCCAGGGAGCCCUAUGAGGUGCACUCUGAGAACCUCUUCCAGAGGACCGAGGUUCUGGCAGCUGUCAUUGCAGGCGGAGUUAUUGGCUUCCUCUUUGCGAUCUUCCUCAUCCUCCUCUUGGUGUACCGCAUGAGAAAGAAGGAUGAAGGCAGCUAUGACCUCGGGGAGAGGAAGCCUUCUGGAGCAGCCUACCAGAAGGCUCCCACCAAGGAGUUUUACGCAUAGACUCCCACAUCCUACUCUGUCCCACAAGUCAAGCUUCACCAGCCAGAAUGACGGUCUCAAAUCGACAAUGACAAUGAUGAUGAUGACGGCAAACACAUUCAAAUAAAACAAAAUUGAGGAACAUGAAUAAGAGGAAAGCUUUUGCAUAGAGUAUUGUAAUUAAGACCUUGUCUUUCUAAUGAAAAGCAAAGCAAUGCUCAUUUUAUGGUAAUUCUCAGUGUAUUUAAACUUUUAUUGUGUAUUAUUUGAAAAUGCUGAAAAGACAAAAACAGUCUGUAAAGGUGAGGAAUCUGCAUAUUUCUUCUGUCAAAGGCGCUGACUACUUUUUAACUGUAGCAGUAAGUAUUUGUAAAGAAAAAACAUUUAAAGUGGAAAAAAUGGAAUAUAAUUGUUCUGUAUCAAUCUUAUUUUCAUUUCCAUUAUUAUUUUGUCCCAGCAUAUCUAAUGUUGAUCUUAAAGGUGUAUUUCAUUAAUUUAUCUUUUUCUCUGGUGUUUAAAAAUGCCUUUCUAUAGUUUUCAUGGGGCACUUUUUGUCUCUGAAUUAACAUUUAACCAUCAAUGUAAAUGUUCUCCCUUAAGGUUACAAUGUUUAUUAUUAUUAUUAUUAUUAUUAUUAUAAUUAUUAUUAUACUUGUAGCCUUGGCAACAAUGUGUACACAAUUUACAAAUGAUUUUAUUCCCUCUUUGUGUAGCUCUAGCUUCCUAUGUAAUAUCUCUUUUUGCCUAGUUGGUAAUUGGAUUUAAAGGUAUAUAGCUGGUGUGUUGUUAUUGAAUUAAUUUGACCUCAUUUUACUUGGUUGGUGCUUAUCAGACAUCGUGGUUGUUGCAUAGUCGAUGGUGUUCAUCACUGCUAUUCUGGGAAGAACCCACUGCAUGCUUUUGACACCACAAGGUCUCAGUUUCAGUUGUCAUAUCUUUUGAUGCCUGGAUCCAUUAUGAUUUUGUCUUGGGAUCUAGUGGAUUGGGAUUGAAUUGCUUUCUGGCAGAAGGAAAAUGCCUGACAAUACUCCAGAGUCUGUCUGCCAUAUUUGUUAUGUCUGUUAGAAAAGUACAUAUUUGUAUUACAGACAGCUUUCCCAUGACGUGGGUGACUGAUAA